GUCCAAAAUGCCCUAGAUCAGGAUAAUACUUCUGGUGGUCAGUAGUAUUCAAACAUUUUCCAAACAGAUAUAACAGAAACUCCAAUACACCUCACACUCUUUGUUCACUAGUUCAGCAAUGGCUGGUUUAGCUCACUUGAAUGGUGUCACUGAUACUCUACCAUCCAUUCCAAGGAUUCCCAAUAUCCAAACAACCCGAAAAAGUCCAAGGAUAGUUGGAUUUCUAAGCAAGAAAGCAGAGAAUUUUCCUGAACACCAGCAGCUGCUAACUACAAGAAGAGUGGCAUUAGGCAUUGCCUCCAUAACUCUUUUAGGACAUUCCAGCAAUGGAGUCUCUCUUGCUGAGGAUAACAGGUUCUUUAUCACCGGCCCGUUACCCGAGCCUUCUGUCGAAAACAAGAUUGCUAACGAAAAGACCGGCACGCGAUCUUUUCUUAGGAAACGCCUUUAUAUGGCAAACAUAGGAGUGAAAGGCAGUGCAUAUAGGCUAAGGAGGUGUGCCUUUGAUCUCUUGGCAAUGGAGGAUUUGAUUGGAAAAGAUACUCUCAACUAUGUCAAGAAGUACUUGAGAUUUAAGUCCACAUUCAUGUACUAUGAUUUCGACAAAGUUAUCUCUGCAGCACCUGCUGAUGAGAAGCAGCCUCUCCUUAAUCUGGCCAACCGAUUGUUCGAUAGCUUCGAAAAGCUCGAAGAUGCUGCGAAGAUAAAGAGCCUGCCUCGGACAGAAUCGUGCUAUCGAGACACAAAAGGCAUUCUUGAAGAGGUCAUGCAAAGAAUGGCAUAGUUGGGAACAAAAAAUGAGCCUUGUACACAUUUACAGUUCUUCAAUACACAACCUGCUGUACUUUCAAAUGUUACAGGGCAGUUCAUUCUUCCAGUUGCUUGCCUCAUAAUACAGAAUUCUGCAGACAAAUUAACUAAAGAUGUCA